AUGUGUAUAGUCUCUUCGUCUCUGCAGGCCCAAUGCACACGCAAGCAGGUGAAACAGGAUUCUUUUCAAAGUCCAUCAAAUCGUUCAAUCAACAGAACUGCCACGUCAGUGAUCUCUGGAGCGGAGCGGGGUACGCGGUCGCAAUGUCAGCACCGCAACCUUUCACGCGUCUUCUCCUUCUUGCACUCACCAUGCUUCCUUCGUAUACAAGACCUGAAGACCUCUUUCACUUCUUUGUAUGAGAUCACGAUGGCAACAGAAGAGCACGGCCGCCCCGUCGCCAAUAAUGCCCCCGAACUGGUUGAACUGCGGUCGCCGGUCAAUGCUCUCCCCAACGCAAUCGCUGGCUAUCGAACAGCGGAUAGGGCAUUCGAAAGGUCCCGUAUAAUGUUGCUGCCUUAUUAUGCUCCAUUCACAAGCAAGAAAGAGCGUGGGAGAACUGCGUUGAGACCUGUUACUUUCCGUGAUCCUCGUGUGCGCAGUAGCAUCCAGCACUGGACUGGGACAAGAUGGCAUCUCUGCACGGCCAACCGGAACAGCCAAAAAGGAGGCUCAAUUCGAAUUCAGCCUUGCAUGCAACAGCCGAACGCUAGGCGGCGGAUAGCGACAUCCGCGAUGUAUUUCGAGCCAAUCAUACAUAUCAACGGCUGUAAAACGGACCCACGACCGGAUCCUGAUGCAAGAAAAAUGUCCACCCAACCUGCUGGGAUAGCUCUUUUCGACGUCAUAUGCCUGGACGACCUCCCUCCAGAAGGCCAACAAUGCGCAAAAAUCAUGCGCGGAUACGACCUGAUGUUAGACUGGUCGCACUCGAUGUCAGCUUGCACAGGAAGUCGCAUUCGCGAUGAAAUGUUUGAUGCAAAGCACGCCACGACAUCACAAAAUCGGGCGUUGUCGGGAGCGCUUGGACAUCAAAAAAAUCUGUUCAAGUACGGGCCGCAUUGCAAACGCUGUACCCGAGACCGAAAGGUCCACGCUAGAGUGGAAUACGUUCCGGCUUCGCGAUGCGCUUUUGAUGGAUUGAUGCGCAAUCCACUUGGUUUCUUCGAUGGCCCUGAGCCUGGUCUGAUGCAAACGACGUCGCGGUCGUCAAAUGCAGGGGUUGCCGUACCAAUCACG